AUGGAGCCCCUCGAGAGAAUCGUCAAAACAGUCACAAAUAGGUUCAGGUGUAUGGGAAGAGCACGACCCUGCUUCCCACAGAUUCUUCCCGGGAGUCGGAAUAAAAAAAUCGAUACCCGGUUAUUCCAAUCUGUGUCUCGUCAUUCAUUAUUCAUUAUUCCCCCAGUCAUGUCUUCUCCGUCCUUCCCCGUCCUCCGUCUACCAUCGAAGGCCCUUCGUGCUACCCUUCAGCAUUUUGCAAUUAUCGACCUAUUGAGUUUCUCACUGAUCUCGCCAAAUUCUGUCAGAUCUUUGAAUAUCCAAGCAGCAAAUGUGAGAGUAACACUAGAUGAUUCAGAAGAGAUUAUUGUAAAUGUUGCGGGCACAUCCUAUGUUUUCUAUUUGAAAGCUGAUCAAAAUCUGGUAUACACGUAUAACCUGGAAUGCCGAUUUCUCAAUCGAAACUUUUCACUAGAAAAAUGUUUGAAACAUUUUCUUGUUGCCUUGAAUCUUCUGGAAGUGGACCAGUUACUCGUUUCUAGAAACCACGAAGCCUGCGACAAACUGGCAGGGAUUAAAUGGAGAAUAAUAAUAAUGUUAGGCAAAAACCGUCCGCUAUUUGACCAUAUUUACCGUGACGCCAAGAAUGUUAGCCUUUCGGACCGAGGUCUUCUCAACAAACACACCAGGGCUAUUUUAUCAGAAAACUUGAAUAGCAUCGGGUUGAAUUUUUCGUUUGUGAUGGAUCUCAACGACUUGUUGGCAAUAAAUGUUACAAAAGCAGAAGUUUAUUUCUCAUUUACCCUAUCCAAUGUGAAUCUAUUUCUUAGACAUUUUAUAAAUGGAUCAAAUCCUAGACUGAGCGAAAUUUGUAUUGAAUUGAAAAGGCGGGAAAACCUCGAGGAUUCCUGGAGUUUUGCUUUUCAGUUUUGCUUUUUCGUAACUCUGCAACAAUUCAUAAUGUUUAAUGUGUAUAUUUAUCUCCGGAAACAUAUCAAAAACUGCUCAAACAAUUUACGGAAAUUCCCUUCUUGCCUCCAGCUCCCAAUCCCUGAAAAAUGCCUGAAACUUUCGAAGCUGGUCCUUCCAUCAGGUUCCCGAUUGAUGAAACUACUUGCUUAA